AUGAAGCAGGUUCGGCAGCAGCGUCUCCGGAAGCCAGUGACACCAGAUCUCCUGGUGAGCCCCAGCAGCCAGGAUGGGGACCUGGGCUCGGAGUGCCCAGAGGACAGAGGGAACUGGACAGGGCGCCUGGAUUUCCUCCUCUCCUGCAUCGGAUACUGCGUGGGCCUUGGAAACGUCUGGAGGUUCCCCUACAGGGCUUACACCAACGGAGGAGGAGCUUUCUUAGUUCCUUACUUCAUCAUGCUGGCUAUCUGUGGGAUCCCCAUCUUCUUCAUGGAGCUGUCACUUGGCCAGUUCUCCAGCCUAGGGCCACUUGCAGUCUGGAAGAUCAGCCCUCUCUUUAAAGGCAUUGGCAUGGGCACGAUCCUCAUCGUCUCCCUGGUGGCCAUUUACUACAAUAUGAUCAUUGCUUACGUUCUCUUCUACCUCUUUGCAUCCCUCGCAAGCGACUUGCCCUGGCAGCACUGUGGCAACUGGUGGAACACUGACCUGUGCCUGAACCACCACGUCAUCAAGGCGGGGAACAGCUCCCUCCCCAUCAACAUCAGCAACACCGUCAGCCCCAGCGAGGAGUACUGGAGCCGGUAUGUCCUGCAUAUCCAAGGAAGCUCGGGGAUUGGGGAUCCUGGGAGGAUCCGCUGGAACCUGUGUCUGUGCCUGCUCCUGUCUUGGACUAUUGUUUAUCUGUGCAUCCUUAAGGGAGUCAAAUCCUCUGGCAAGGUCGUGUACUUCACUGCCACCUUCCCAUACCUCAUCCUGGUGAUGCUGCUCAUUCGUGGUGUGACCCUGGAGGGGGCCUGGAAGGGGAUCCAAUUUUACCUCACGCCCCAGUUUGAUCACUUGCUGUCUUCCAAGGUGUGGAUCGAGGCAGCCCUGCAGAUUUUCUACUCCCUUGGGGUGGGCUUUGGGGGCCUCCUCACCUUCGCCUCAUACAACACCUUCCAUCAGAAUAUCUACAGGGACACCUUCAUAGUGACCCUGGGCAAUGCCAUCACCAGCAUCCUGGCAGGGUUUGCCAUCUUCUCUGUUUUGGGAUACAUGUCCCAGGAGCUUGGGGUCCCUGUUAACCAGGUGGCAAAAGCAGGUCCUGGUCUGGCUUUUGUGGUGUACCCCCAGGCCAUGACAAUGCUCCCCCUUUCUCCAUUCUGGUCAUUCCUCUUCUUCUUCAUGCUGUUAACCUUGGGCCUGGACAGCCAGUUUGCAUUUAUGGAGACCAUCGUCACGGCAGUGACAGACGAGUUCCCCUACUACCUGCGGCCAAAGAAAGCUUCCUUCUCUGCAGUCAUCUGCAUUGCCCUCUUCCUCAUGGGGCUCAUCCUCACAACAGAGGGUGGGAUGUACUGGCUGGUCCUACUGGAUGACUACAGUGCUGGCUUUGGUCUCAUGGUGGUGGUGAUCACCACCUGCCUUGUGGUGACACGUGUCUAUGGCAUGAAGAGGUUCUGCCGAGAUAUCCACAUGAUGCUGGGAUUCAAACCAGGCCCCUACUUCAGAGCUUGCUGGAUGGUCCUGUCCCCAGCAACGAUGAUGGCUCUGCUGGUGUAUAACAUUGUCAAGUACCAACCUUCUGAGUAUGGCAACUACCGCUUCCCCACCUGGGCAGAGGCCUUGGGCAUCCUCAUGGGAGUGCUCUCCUGCCUGAUGAUUCCCAUGGGCAUGGUGGUGGCUGUGCUCCAGGAAGAAGGGACGCUGUGGGAGCGAGUGCAGCAAGCCAGCCGGCCGGCCAUGGGUUGGGGCCCGUCCCUGGAGGAGAACCGCACCGGCGCCUACGUGGCCAGCCUGGCUGGCAGCCAGUCCCCCAAACCCCUGAUGGUCCACAUGAGGAAGUACGGGGGCAUCACCAGCUACGAGAACACAGCCAUCGAGGUGGACCAGGAGAUGGAGGAGGAGGACGAGGAGGAGUCCAUGAUAUGAGGGGACCCAGCGUCCCACAGGCUGGGUGGGAGCUUGCCUCCCAUUUUGCACAGGUUGCACUGCAGCACUUCAGGACAGCUUGGGAGGUCUUUCAAGGAGUAGUCAGGAGCUGCUGACCCUGCCAGGUUCCCCA